AUGGCUACUCAACUCAGUCAAAUCUAUGAAACCGUUCACACUCUCAUCGGGCCAUUCAUACCCUUUCUUGUACCCAUCAACUUUUACAUCAACCUACGGUUCUUAUCUCACCAAAAAUGGAAAACGAGUGCAGCUAGCAAUGUUGUUAAUAUAGCAAAUAUCAUACAACUUCUGAGCCGAUCACUACCGCGGGUAUUACUGACAUUCUGGAGCAUGAAUGGGGACUUUGUCGGGCAAUGGACGGUUUGGACGGAGACUGGACUAAUUAUUUUGGCUCUUCUGAUAUGGGGCUCAGAAUGGGAUAUUGAUGAAGGAUCGAUUGAUGAGAUGCUAGAUGAUUGGUGGGCUACAUCUGCCGACAGAAACGAGCAAAGAAAGGUUGAGGAACAACGAGAGAAGGAGUCUGAUAAGGGAGGAAUUGCUGUUGAGUGCCAAUGA